AUGAAUGAAAUAUUAAUGUAUACUUUAUUCACUACAAUUAUAGAGCCAAAGAUGUUUAAACAAAUGAUACAAGUAUCUAAGAGGGCCGGUGUUAAGCCACAACAGAUUCGUUACCUUUCGGGUACUUCUGUGUUUAACAAACCUGCCGUGGCUGCUGAUUAUUUAACCACAGGUGGUUCUACACAAUCAGUGUGGCCAAAGGGAUUCAGACUCCCAAAGCCAAAAUCUUGGGAAGAAAGUGGUGAAAGUGCAUUAUCGAAGGCCACCAAAUUCUUUUUCUUGAACGAAAUUGCCAGAGGGAUGUACGUCUGUUUAGAAAUGUACUUCAGAGCACCAUAUACCAUUUACUACCCAUUCGAAAAAGGUCCAAUUUCACCAAGAUUUAGAGGUGAACAUGCUUUGAGAAGAUAUCCUAGUGGUGAAGAAAGAUGUAUUGCGUGCAAGUUAUGUGAAGCCAUUUGUCCAGCCCAGGCCAUUACCAUCGAAGCAGAAGAACGUAUGGAUGGAUCCAGAAGAACCGUCAAGUACGAUAUUGACAUGACCAAGUGUAUCUACUGUGGAUACUGUCAAGACUCUUGUCCUGUUGAUGCUAUUGUUGAGUCACCAAACGUUGAAUAUUCCACCGAAACCAGAGAAGAAUUGUUGUACAAUAAAGAAAAGUUAUUAGAAAACGGUGACAAGUGGGAACAAGAAUUACAAUACUGUAUUGAUGCUGAUGCUCCAUACCGUUAA